AGGAAAUUUCUACCUACCAAACCUAAGGGUUCAUUUUUCCGCCUGCUCACAGGCAAGACAUUGUGCUGGAAUUUGACUAUGCCCUGAACUAAAAAAAAAGAAAGAAUUUAACUGUAAGAUCCCAAAGAUACAUUUGCAGUCUCUCAACGCUUCUGCCUUCAUAGUCCAUGGUCAAUGCCUCUCUAUCUCAUCAAUAUAAUCUUAAGGCACUCAACCCCAAUAUCCAAAGAUCUUGCAUUUCAUGUUCGUAUCUUGACACUCUACAUUUCUCAAUAACCAAAGAUCAAGAAGACGAUUAAUACAAUUAUACAAGAAAAAUGUUGGGUGAGAUCAACAGCUUCAUCAAGGUAUGGUUAACUGUUUUGACAUCUCUAUGCUACUGCCACGCCAUCGGCAAGGUGGUUCCAAAAGGUACCAAAAGACUCAUUUUCGUGCUCCCUGUUGUGUGUCUUUUUCUCUAUCUCCCUCUCAAUCUCUACUCACCGCAUCUUGGCGGUGUUACAGCCUUUUUCAUUGCUUGGCUUGGUAACUUCAAGCUCUUACUAUUUGCUUUUGGUAAAGGUCCUUUAAGUGCAAAUAUUUCUCUUCCACUUUUUGUGGCUGUUGCUUGCCUACCCAUCAAGAUCCAACAAAACCAACCUCCAAAAUCACAUCUAAAUGGCCAUAACAAAGAAACAUCAUCAAAAUCAUAUCGUAAUGGCCAAAAUAAAGAAAAUUCAUCUUCUAGAAAAUCCAAAGAAGGUCCCGUAAACUAUGCUAUAAAGGGUCUGCUUUUGGCCAUCAUAGUACGGGUCUAUGAUUACAUUGAAUUUAUGCAUCCAAACAUCAUUAUGCUCCUCUACUCUUUGCACAUAUAUUUCCUCCUCGAGAUCAUCCUAGCCAUAUGGGCAGCCAUGGUUCGAUCCUUUUCGGGGCUCGAGGUUGAGCCACAGUUCAAUGAGCCGUACCUUUCAACCUCGCUGCAGGACUUUUGGGGCAAAAGAUGGAACCUCAUGGUGACCAGUAUCCUGCGGCCCACGGUGUAUGAACCCACCCUCAGUUUUUCCACAACUGUCAUUGGCAGAAAGUGGGCUCCACUCCCAUCUGUGCUUUCCACGUUUGUUGUGUCUGCUAUUAUGCACGAGCUCAUGUUCUACUAUCUGGGCCGCUUGAGUCCCACAGGUGAGGUGACCUGGUUUUUUCUCAUCCAUGGAUUUUGUUUGACAGUUGAGAUUGCUUUGAAGAAGGCAUUAAUUGGCAAGUGCCAGCUUCCGUGGCUAGUCACGGGGCCGUUGACAAUAGGCUUCGUCUUGGGCACGGGCUUUUGGCUAUUCAUUCCACAGUUCACGCGGUGCAAGGUCGAUGUUAAAGCGUUUGAAGAUUACGCGGAAGUACGCUCGAUGUUGAAAAAUUCCAGUGAAAAGGUACUGAGGAUUUUGUCGGCAAAAUAGACGGUUCUGAACUUGUAUUCUAAUCUAUCCUCGUUUGAUCUUUGAGUUUGUGGUUAGAUUGACGGAUCUGAUUAGAAACUUUGUACUUUAUCAUCACAACACUUUGAUUAUCAUCUAGCCAGUUGGGAAAGAAAGUCAAAUUCAGUGCCAUUGGACUAGCUGUGUUUAUCAAUUUAAAUACAGCCAAUAAGAAUCUUCGGGUUGAUAAAAGUUUACUUUCCAACAAUUAAUUUUGGCCGCUUUCGUUUAAAACUAUACUACUAGGGAAAAAAUGUCUUCUUGGGAGGUUGGUGUGACUUGUGACUUGAGAAAAGAAUAUAAAAAUGACAUAAGGUCGGUCAGAAAAUAUUGUUUGAACACUAAAAUUUUGACUCUUUCUCUAAAGCUAGCUAGAAUUGAAUACUGAAAUAAAGUAUAAAUUAAACACAUUGGUCUUGUAUUCCUUGGACGAGUGUAUUUGAUAUAAAUUAUUUGCAGUUGUAAUUAUUUUGCUUUGUGAUUGAAUUUUAGCUAUUCGUAAGCCAAUUUUGCUUUCCAAGUGCUAAGUAUGCAGCAAACAAGAUUGUAUCCACACUCAUAAAAAUAUGGCAUUGGAGAAGAGAUUUACACCAUUCUUAUCCUAACAAGGAAUGAAGCAAACUCCGGUGCUCUGCAUUUCCUGAUACGCAAAAUUUUGUGUCCAUAAAGAUGGCGAUUUUAUUUUUCAAGUUGGGCUCGUGGACUCCAGUUAAGGUAUAGCCUGAAAAGAAGUUAGAACAUUACUUUUGGCCCAAUUUGUUUUCUUUUGUGUAGACUUUAUGCUACAAUAUACCAAGGCUUUCUUUAAUUAUAGAAUGACAUAAAAGGUAGUGUCGAUGCUCUUUCAAUCAACUGCAAUCUUUUCUUUUUCUUUUUUUUUUACUUCAAAAAAGUUGACUCAUGAUUCACACCAUCUUGUUGAAUAGUACAAGGCAUGCCCAUUUCAUGAAAUUAAAACCGAAAACAAAAAGAAAAUUAAUACUAAUAAAUAAAGAGGUAUCGUGAAAUGUAACAUCAAAAACUUCAAUAAAGAAGAAUUACAAAGCCUGGUAACAUGUACGAGGCUUCAGUGAUUGCUAUAAUCCAUUUACCUUUUUCAGCAUGCUAAAAAAAUCCUUAACUUUGGCCAUGAAAGGAAAUGAAAUCAAAUUAUCUGCCGGCAGCAGCAAUAAAACAAGAAAAAAAAAAAAAACCAAGAUAAGUACUUGUAUCUUUUGUGACUUGUUGGAGGUACCAACCCAAUUAACCCACUAAACUAGCACAAUUACUUCGUAGAAUUAUAGUUGAUACUCCCUAUUGCUGAAACACCACAAAAUUUCAACAAAAUUUUUUGAAUUGAAUUCCUUUCCCCUUUUUGAAAG